CCUCCUCACUGAGCAGCAUGUUGCGGCGCAGAUUCAGGAGAGACUCUCACAAUCAUCGGAGGCUGCGACUUAUCCUUAACCAGAGGUGGAGGAAGCUAAGCCCCCUGGGAGCAACGUCACUCCCUCUGGCAUAUCAGCCACUGUCCGCCGUGCGCCCGGCACUCCACUAACAAAGGACGUCAGGAUCGCAUCCAUCCUCCACGGAACGCGAAAUGCUUUGCGAACUGAAUGUAACUCGCACAGUCCUCCUCGAUUCCGUGCGCUUCGGCGAGGAGGCUUUCACAUGCUGUGACAUACAGACGGGCUAGAGAAGAGUGCGGCCAAGUAGGAAAAGAAGGUCAUUCAAAGUGGAAAGAGCGCUCGCUCGCGUCGACUAUGGUCCGUGGAAAGAGGGACAUCACGAAGAGCCAGCAUCUCUAACUUCGGGAUUUACUUGCUAAGGCGGUUUUCAAAGCAGAUCAAGGGAUAUUCUGCCUAGAACCAUGCCUGUAAGAAGAGGUCACGUUGCGCCGCAAAACACAUUCCUCGGAACAAUAAUUCGGAAAUUCGAAGGACAGAACCGGAAGUUUGUGAUAGCCAAUGCCCGGGCGGAGAAUUGUGCAAUUAUAUACUGCAACGAUGGCUUCUGUGAGAUGACAGGCUUCUCACGACCAGACAUCAUGCAGAGGCCGUGCACCUGUGACUUCCUCCAUGGCGACCUGACCGACAAAGACGCCGUCAGCCAGGUGUCCCAGGCUCUGCUGGGGUCUGAGGAGCGCAAGGUGGAGAUUAUCUACCACCGUAAGGAUGGAACCGACUUUCAGUGUACCGCUCACAUAAUGCCGGUGAAGAAUGAAGAGGGCGUGGUGAUGAUGUUUAUCUUGAAUUUUGAGUACGUUCAGGACGAGGGAAGUGACAGCUCCACGGAGAAGUUAAGCCCCACAUCCCCCACAAAGUCAGACCUAAGGAGAAGCCGAUUCUUCCGCUUUCGCCAGGCCGCUCUGAGCCUCAUGAACACUAACAAGCAGUCUCUUCCACAAGAGGACCCGGACGCAGUGAUGGUCGACUCACCCAAAGAGAAUGACGACUCAGUGGCCCUAAAGAGCUUCCCUUCGCCCAGCAAGAGCAUUUGCAGUCCCAUUGAGGCAAAUGACACACAUGCUCUCAUUAGCUCCAGCCGCCAUUCAUCCCAGGCCAGCAUCAGUCUAGAACCACUUAACCAUUCAUCCCCUAAACUCCCCUGGGAGAAGCUGUACCAGACAGAAGUGCAGCAGUCCUCCUCCUCCUUGUCCAACACCUUUCUCAGAGGCAGCAUUAACAGCAUGCGUCGCGCCUCAUCUGUCCACGAUAUUGAGGGUUAUAGCUCCAACACCAAGGGUGCAUUCAGAGAUCGCAAUACAAGCGAAGGUACUUAUAAUCAUGUGAAGUCCGGUCUGCUCGGCUCUACUUCUGACUCGAACAUCAACAAGUACAGCACCAUCAACAAGAUCCCACUGAUUGCACUCAACUUCUCCGAGGGCACCGACAAAAAGACGUACUCUCCACCGACAUCUGAGAAAACCAUCAUCGCCCCAAAGGUCAAAGAGAGAACACACAAUGUCACAGAGAAGGUCACGCAGGUCCUGUCACUGGGAGCCGAUGUGCUGCCCGAGUACAAACUCCAGACGGCCCGCAUUGACAAGUUCACCAUCCUCCACUACAGUCCCUUCAAGGCAGUGUGGGAUUGGCUGAUCCUGCUGCUGGUCAUUUACACCGCCAUCCUCACGCCGUACUCGGCUGCUUUUCUCCUCAACGACCAGGAGGAGCAGAAGAGGCGUGAAUGUGGAUACUCCUGCAGCCCCCUUAAUGUGGUGGACCUAAUGGUAGACAUUAUGUUCAUCAUCGACAUCCUCAUUAAUUUCAGGACCACGUACGUCAACAUUAAUGAGGAAGUGGUCAGUCAUCCGGCCAAGAUAGCCAUCCAUUACUUUAAAGGCUGGUUCCUCAUAGACAUGGUUGCAGCGAUCCCGUUUGACCUUCUUAUCUUUGGCUCAGGAUCAGAUGAGACAACCACUCUGAUUGGCCUGUUGAAGACGGCUCGGCUGCUGCGAUUGGUGCGAGUUGCCAGGAAACUGGACCGCUACUCUGAAUACGGAGCUGCGGUCCUCAUGCUGCUCAUGUGCAUCUUUGCCCUGAUUGCUCACUGGCUAGCCUGUAUAUGGUACGCCAUUGGCAACGUGGAGAAGCCCUAUUUGGAGCACAAGAUCGGCUGGUUGGACAACCUGGGCGUGUCCAUAGGAAAGAUAUACAACUACAGUGACCCGGGCUCCGGUCCCUCCAUCAAGGACAAGUACGUCACGGCGCUCUACUUUACAUUCAGCAGUCUGACCAGUGUGGGCUUCGGGAACGUCUCCCCCAACACCAACUCGGAGAAGAUUUUUUCCAUCUGUGUCAUGUUAAUUGGUUCCUUAAUGUACGCCAGUAUAUUUGGGAAUGUCUCUGCCAUCAUCCAGAGGUUGUACUCCGGUACAGCCCGCUACCAUGCUCAGAUGCUGCGGGUCAAGGAGUUCAUCCGCUUCCACCAGAUUCCCAACCCUCUCAGGCAGAGGCUGGAGGAGUAUUUCCAACACUCCUGGGCCUACACCAACGGCAUCGACAUGAACACGGUUUUAAAAGGUUUUCCUGAGUGCCUGCAGGCAGAUAUCUGCCUCCACCUCAACAGGAACCUUCUCCACAGCUGCAAAGCGUUCCAGGGAGCCACCAAAGGCUGCUUGAGGGCCCUGGCCAUGCGCUUCAAAACCACCCAUGCUCCUCCUGGAGACACUCUGGUCCACUGUGGUGACGUGCUCACUGCUCUUUACUUUCUCUCCCGAGGCUCGAUUGAGAUCCUGAAAGAUGACAUUGUCGUUGCCAUUCUAGGAAAAAAUGACAUAUUUGGAGAAAUGAUCCAUCUGUUAACCACACCUGGAAAAUCCAAUGCUGAUGUGCGUGCUCUGAGCUACUGUGACCUGAGCACUAUUCAGAGGGAGGAUCUGCUGGAGGUGUUAGACAUGUACCCGGAAUUCGCCGACUGCUUCUUCAACAACCUGGAGCUCACCUUUAACCUCAGAGACGAGUCUGUAAAGCCUUCAAGUUCUAAAGACGGUGAUUCAGAUGUUGAAGGCACACAAGUCCAAAAAAGAAGGAUCUCCUUCACACCAGAUCUUCACAAAGGGGAAAACGAGGAAGCGGUUAAGGACGUUGGCAGGGAGAUGGAGUCUAAUCUGUGCCUGAAGAGAUGUUCUGGAGUCCUGGAUCCCUCAUCGCACAACCUCACAGUCCUGGACUCAAGUCCUAUAGUUAGAAAUAGCCUGGAGAGGAGCCCAUCGUUCGAAGAUCUGUGCUGUGAUAAAUGGGCCUGUAAGAAGCCCACAGACUACCUGGAUGAGUCAGCACAGUUCCCGGACCUGAGAGAGGAUGAUAACUCCAACAGCGAAAUCACCUACGGAGAGGUGGAACAGCGCUUAGCUCAGCUUCAGGAGCACCUUAACAGGCUGGAGUCUCAGCUGAUGUCAGAUAUUCAGACCAUCCUACAGCUGCUGCAGAGACAGCCGACUCUGGGACCUCCAGCAUACAGCACUGUGACUGCCAGCCCAGAAUAUCACAGAGCUGCUGUGAAGGUGCAGCCAGUUCCUCUGACGGCCAGCCGGUUUUUCAGCCUUGCUGGAACUCAAGGGCCCAACCUCCAACAGGAGAGCGCCGUUCAAAAAUCCAAAGACUUGUGCUUGGCCAAUGUGAAUGCCCCUAUAGAGGACAGCAUUGCAGCACUGCUGGUACAAACACCCACAGAUACACAACAACAGCAGCAGCAGCAGACUCUGCAGGUGAUGGGGCAUCAACAGCCCGUGUUGAUCCUUCCUCCCCCUGAAGCAUCUUCCUACUCUGCUUCUCCGUAUGAUUCUAACCUCGACACCUCUGGACUCCAUAGACAUGUGUCAGACCCAAACUUCCCUGGUCAAUAAUCUUUCUAGCAGCACCAUGUUCUAAUAUCUGGGUUGUAAUGCUGUAAUUACGAAGUAGCAACCUUUUUUAUCAGCAUGCCGGCACAGACAUCUAUAUUGUUAAUUUAUUAUGCCUUGGUAAUAGAAAUACGUUUUUUUAUGAUGCAUGUGGAUAAAAAAACUCUGCAGACAGGGUCAUUGAUUGUUUUCUGCAGUAAUCAGUAUAGUAUCAACAAUGGUUGCAUAUUGUUGAAGUAAUUAUUAAUCUGGGCUCUGGAUGAACCCAAUAUGUCAUCAAUCAAUGAGGUUUACUUGUUGAUGUUGUAAAUAACCAAUCAGGCUGGUCCUAGUCAACCCAUCGUGGAUGAUCAUCCUUUCAAAAUGGCCAUUCUAUACCUUUAUGUUCUUAAAGAAAUCUGAUUAACUAACAAAGGUGCUGUUUGGUUGCAAUGGCACACCACAACAUCAAAGAAAAACAUCGCAUAAAGCAGGUUUUCACUGUGGUUGGCUUCUGUUAGCAUGUCUAAGAUCAGCAAAAGCUAAAGUAAGGUUGGUCUUCCAGGAUGAUCGGCACCUGCAUAAAGUCAACAUUUCCCUCCCUCAGUCUUAUUUGACACAAGUACGGCAAGAAAAGGUGACCUACCUCUUUGACCAACUUUCCAACUGGACCAUGAACGGAUCUUGACGAUGUCUCUGAGUAGUUCUUCACAUGGGGGUCUUGGGGUAUGCAGUGCAGUGCAAGGCCAACUGCAGAGUGUUGUGUAGCGGUAGUGCCAGACUUUGUUGUAUUGCCUUAGUGAAUUUGGCAUUGCUGUCAUUAGGUCAGACCCAUUCCCAAUGUUGUUGGACUUCAUCGGGGCUGCCCUUUGACACGUUCUGUUUUUAAUCUUAAUGGACUGAAUGUCAAAGCAGGUCAAGGUGUGAGAGAUGUCAGGUUUAGAAUAUUGAUCUGUGAUUCACACUGGACUGGUGGGCCGGGGUCAAUCCUCACAGUGGAGCGUUAUGGUUUCUUCCACUAGUAUUGGAAGCUGCCACAUGAUAGAGGCAGGUUAUGGUGGCAUGGUCAU